UUCAUUUAUUUCAGUUCCCUGCAUUUAUUUUGGUACGGUAUUUUGCGCAGUACGAAUCGAUGUACUUCGAUGUACGAGUGACUGCGGAGUGCCGUAUGAGACAGUUCGAACUGUUGUAAAUUAAAUAAUUACGUACUUCCCAUGUAGUAACCGUGAUUAUUAUUAAACCAACAUUUGGCGAAACUGUGCGACACUUGUGCUCUUGGGUAACAUUAAAUCUAAGUAUGUGACUAAACAGUUGACAGUAGACAGAAGAACGACGAAGAAUCUGAAUAAUGGAGUCCGAGAAAAAUAAGCCGUCGUCCAGUGGUCAUCAGGAUUCACUGGGAUUUUUUAGCUCAAAAUUUAGCUCCAUGGAACCUGAAAGCCAUUUAGAAAGUCUUGGUCUGACAGUCAAUAAUGGAAAGGCUAGAUUCAAGUUGAACGAAGAUGCACCCUUGUACACCAGUCAAACUGUACCUCACUGUACCGAAGACGACGACGACGAAAUGUCUUUCGUGGUGUUAGGCACAAACUCGAUGGAAACGAUUCAACAGUCAUCACUAGCAUCUUACGUUAAUAUACAGGAGAAAUGCAUGUCCACAGAUUACAAUUCGAUUGUAUCUAGUUUGGAAGCAUCGGAAAUAAAUCAGAAGCUGAGCGAGUUGUUACAAGAAAAUGCAAAAUUGAAAGAAGCACUGAAACAAAAUAAUGUAGCCAUGAAACAGCAGUUCAACACUUUGGCGAAGUGGCAAGAGGAGAUAAUGCAGGUCCAUCAGAAUCAUAAAAAGAAGUUCUCAGAAACGAGGGAGUUGAUUAAUUAUUUAAAAAAGGAAAAUCAAGAACUGAAACUGAAGUUCACCAUGGAAUUGGAACAAGGGAACGUGGAUUUAAAUGAAGAGAAGAAGAACGAGAAGCAUGAAAAGGAAUUGACAUCGACAAAAUUGACCAGCCCAUCUUUGAGCGAUCUGGAAGUCAUGUUAAACGAGGCGAUUACUACUGAAAAUAAUGACGAGCCAUUAGAGCAAAGUUCUACUUUGAAGAUAAAACAAGAUCAAAACUUAUCUAUGAACAAGACAUCUGAACAAGCUUCGACUAAUGACGAAAUAUCAGAACAACCGUCGACUAAUGACGAAAUAUCAGAACAACCGUCGACUAGUAACGAGAGGCUAGAGCGAUCUUUGACCAUUAAUAAAACACAAGAAAAACCGUCGACUAGCAUCGAGAGCACAGUACAAGCUUCUAUUUCGAUUGAUAAGGCAGUGGAAAAGUUAAAGGAGUUAAAUAUCAACUCUAUCGAAACUAUAAAAAAACUUGAUAAUUCAGAGAGACAAAAUGUAAAUGGCAUGGAUUUAAUAGAAGGAGUAAGUUUAGAUUUGGAUAAAAUGAAAGCGUUCAUAGAGGAAGAGAAAAGACAAUUAGAAAUUCGCAAACAAAAUUUACAGCUUGAAUAUGAAUAUUUGCACUGUGCUAAACAGUCGUUGGAAGAGGAGAGAUCGAGUUUAGAACAAAAGCAAUUGUCUUUGGAUCAACAGGGUUAUUUGUAUGAGAUGUAUUCAGAAAUUGCGAUGAACGAUGAGAAGAAAUUCAGUGAUAAAUGCGAGGAAAUGACUAAAGAAAUUAAGGUGUUGCACGAUACUAUAGAGAGGAAAGAAGAUUGUAUAAAACGUUUAGAGGACGAGUUGUCGUUACAGAAAGAAGAGAUCGACUUGCUGGGAACACAAGUAAAGAUCUACGAGGAAGACUUCAAGCAGGAAAAAAGGCUGAAAGAACAAUUGCUGGAAGAGAGGACUACAUUGAACGAGGCUUUACAGGCACAGAUAAAAUUCAAUGAAAAACUUCGUUACAGGCUUAUGCAGGCGCUCCCGAACGGAGGAGAAAUAGAUGAUAUAGAGCUGGAGCGGCCUUUGAUCUCUGCCUAUCUGUGUCCCAUAUGUAAUUCGUACUUCCGAAGCGUUGAAACGUUAGAACGUCACGUUAGCGAUUGUUUAAAAUGAUGUGAGAGUCUCGAAUAUUUUAAUUACUCUUUAUUCAUAUAAUUAAAAAGUGACAUAAAUAAAAUAACAACCCGGUUUUCUUUUAAUUGUAAUGAACAAAUUUUUUUAUAUUGUUAAAAAGUUCAUUAAACGAACGUCGAUGAAAGCGAUCUUAAUAAUGACAUUAUUCCUAUGCGUAGUAAUUCAUAUAUAGGGACAAUUGCGAAGAACAGAAGAAUCAUGUUUCUUUUAUGUUUACUAUUCGUUCGUUCUAUUGAUUUUAUUUAAAAUUCGUAAAAACACUUUAUAUUCUCUACCAAUUUUUAUUUCAAUGGUCUUUUUACAUAUGUACACUUAGCAAAUAAAUAAACAAAUUUAUUUUUUCCCUGCCAAUGACGUAUGGCCGAGUCUAUGUUGAAACAAUGUUAUAAUAUUGUCUAAUAUAAUGAUAGAGUAUAGUACGUAUCACGUACGUAUAAUUGAAAAGCAUGAAUUCAAUGUUACUGUAUAGAAGUCGUAAAUAUAAGAUGAUAAAUAAAUUACUUAAAGACAAA